AUGCGCCUCUCACACCCGCCAUCGCGACUCUCGCCACUGCCUGGCGUGUCGAUGCACGAGCUGAUGGCCGGUGCGCGGGAGAGUGCACCCCUUCCCCCGAAGCGGAAGGAUGAGGAUCGCACCCCAAAGCGCGGGUAUCGUGCUUGUGUCCACUGCCGCCUACGCAAGGCCAAGUGCGACCUAGGCGAUGUCAACGCCCCCUCUGAACCACCAUGCACCCGCUGCCGCCGCGAACAGAGAAAUUGCGUCUUCCUCCCAAGCAAACGCCGCAGGAAGAACGGCGACGAGGAGGCCAAGCCUGAAGUAUAUCCGGCACAUGGAGGGAGUAUGGGUCUUGGGACGUCCGCAAAUGGCGCAGGCGAAAGUACCCACUCACACGGAGCAAGUAUCCAUCAAAGUCACGCCGGAUCCGGCACCCAUCCCACUCCCACCCACCUCACCGAACCUGGUUCCAGCACCCAUCCCACACACACCGGAUCCAGCUCCCAAGCACCCCACAUACACCGCCAGCCCCAGAUGCCAGGCGACGAGCUGCGGCCCUGGCACGAGACUAUGGGCCUUGGGGGCUUCGAGAAGGCCUCACCGUACGUCGACCCACCCACCAACACCACGAGUAGCAGCUUUGGGUCGACGUCUACAACAAGUCCCAACAACCCGACAGGUUCACGCAGGCGGCGCGAACCCGACGCGACGAGGCGCAUCGUCGUCGCGAGCUUUAACAACGAGACGGACGCCCUUGAGAUCCUCGCCAAGGCUGCGACCGACGCGGACGGCGACGGAUCUACUGAAGAGAAGGAGAGCGCGCUGGAACGUAAGCGCGUGUCUUGGGCAGACGACGCACACCGGCAGAACCUGGACGAGUUUGUGCUGGUCCGCCGUGGCGUCCUGGAUGAGCACCGCCUCGAGCUGCUUGUGCAGGUGUUCUUCCGACACCAUCAUCCGGUUCUUCCAAUCUUCCAGACGGUGCGGAUUCCGCACAACAAGACACAACUCGCGGCGCUCGCACAGGACGACCCGUUCCUCCUCUCGGCGAUCGUGUGCGUGGCAAGCCGGCACCACGCGGCGCCAGGGAUGAAGGAGGUGCACGAGAAGACGUAUGCGCUAGUACGGGAUGUGCUGGCAGACUACGCGUGUGCGGGCUGGCAGCCGUCCAUCGGCUUCAUCGAGGGUGUGCUGAUCCUCGCGGAGAACCUGCCACGGGAGCGUCAGAGUCCGACUUCUGCCGAGUUUUCGGGACCGGCAAUGGAGGGACCGCAGGGCCUGCACGGCCUUGAGAACCGGCGCGCAUGGGCGCUUACGGGCACAGCGAUCCGUGCGGCGUACGGCCUGGGCCUGGACCAGCUCGCGCUCGAAGACAGCGAGCGCAAUGCGGACCUCGAGCGCGCGCGCGGCGUCUGGACCUGGUGCUACCUCUACGACCGGACGCUAGGCCUGCGUACGGGCCUGGCAUUCUGGAGCCGCGGUCCGACCCUCUGUUUCCAGGGCUACUCGGACAUCUCGCAGACGGGCGAGGCGGCCGCCCGCGUAAACUUCCCCUACAUGAUGCAAGGCGAGGUGGUGGACGCGAACGACAGCGCGUCGCUGAUGCAAGCGUCGCUAGAGCUCACGCAAAUCAUGACGAACGCACACGACAUUCUGUACUCCACACCGACACGGACGAAGAACCUGGUGAGGAAGGGCGAAUACUUCAAGUACCUCGACCACUUCCGCCGUGCACUUGACUCCUUUACUGUUGCAUGGAAGGACAAGGAGUGGCGGUUGGAGAGCACGCGCGAGCUCACUUGGUGUACCUUCCACUUUGUGCGGCUGUACGUAGCGGCCUUUGCAUUCCAGGCACACGUCCAGCGUGCACAAGAACGUGCCGACGCAGCGAGGGAGAGCCCGCGCCCGAACGGGGUAGGGUCCAUCUUCCCGCGGGGGAGCGCGACCUCACCCGACGCGCUGUUCAUCUACGAUUCGAUCGACGCCGCUUCUGAGAUCCUCCACAUCUGCAUUCGCCUCGGCGACAGGGGUGUAAUCCAGUACCUCCCAAGCCGGUACUUGAUCAACUUUGCGUACAGUGGGACGUUUGCGCUAAAGGCGGCCUACUCUGGCGCGACGGGCAAGGGCGAGAUGGUCAAAACCACCGAGUUAGUUGAGCGGGUGUGCGCAGCGCUCCUUCACGCAUCGCCAGAUAAGGACCACCCAGCGUCCCGAUUCGGGCGGAUGCUGAGCCUGCUCGCGCGCCGGCUUACGGAGUUAGGGAGCGCCGUGCCAUCGCGCUUCCCCUCCCCUGAGCCGCAGCCUGUUGAGAAGCCAGUGGAAAUGCCGGAUCCGGGGCUGUUUGGGCUCGACCAGGGUGCGCUAUUUGAAGAUAUGGGCGUUGGGUUUAAUCUCGAUGGGUUCUGGGAGGACUUUACGCUUACCGACUCGGGCGGAUUCCCGUUUCGCUAG